GUAAUGGCUAGAAAGUCCUCAGUCGACUCCGAGUUGCUGGCAAAGACAGCAGCAGCUCUUGAAUACAACAACGUCACUUCGUUUACAACAGCGUGAUCUGCGAUUGCAUCGAGUACUUUGUGCACUUUCUACAAUACUCUAUAUAUGCCCUAUAGUAGGAUGUCGCGCUACCAAUGCUCAAGUGUCACUUUUAUUUGCCUGCCUUCCGUGUUGUCGAUCAAAGCGGUUGGUUGGACAAUGAUUUUGUUGUUUAUUACUCAAGUCAAAAGCGCAUCAUACAUCCACGGCAACGACGGAGUGACAAUACCGUCAGUGGCCAAAUUCUUUCCUCAAAUACAAUCGGAUCUUUCGCGAGUCAAGUGGGGACAUGGAGUCAACAGUAAGGCCCAGCUCAGCCAGACACUUCAAGGAACUGACAUGAUGAUUGAAGCGGAUGUGUCUAUGGGGAUCGUAACGGGUCGCGAAGGAAAGUUUCUGCCAAUCAUGGCUCAUCCGCCUUUUAAAUCAUCGGAUUUGAGUUUAGAAGAAUUUCUUGACACUACGCUGAGCAGCAGAACGCCAAAGGGAAUCAAGCUAGAUUUCAAAGACAUGGAAGCAGUCGAGUUAUCACUCAGGACCAUAAAAACGCGAGCUAACAAGAUUUACGCACCACUUUGGCUAAACGCGGACAUUAUCCAGGGGCCCGUCAAUGCAACCACAAAGCCACUGGAUGCAAGGCGAUUUCUGAAUCUGACAAAGAGCUACUUUCCUGAUGCUGUUCUCUCCGUUGGAUGGACAACCAGGUAUGGUCCUGAUGUGUCUUCAUGGCCGCUGCAGAUCAUCAACGAAGGUUCGUACACAAUGAACCACAUGAUCCAACUGCGUGAUGCUCUCAGAGCGGCUCAAAUCCGCCAGCCGGUGACCUUUCCCAUUCGGGCUGGUUUAUGUACCACGCCAGAGUCUCAGCGCAGCAUUAUAUGGUUACUGGAACAGGUUGAAGACAGCACGCUGACCAUUUGGAGUGGACCGUUCGACACUGUCGACGUGCCCGGACUAAUGAAACUCAUUAAACACGUUGGCACGAAAAGAAUUUACAUCGACGUCUCCAGCGGCCUCCUCUGUGAAAUUCAGCAUUUCAACGAUCGUUAUUAGCUUGUCAUCGUGGCUAAAUAGGAAAAGCUUUUGCAUUAUGCAAUCGCCUCUAAGAAAAAAAUAGAGUCAAGUCUGAGCUGCGCAACGACUUGCCAAUGUAGAGCCUACCUUGCCGUGCAAUAAGCUUUAUAAUCGUGUUGUAAUGAAACGUCUGUAAGAACACCGCCAGUUCGCCUUGCGAUUUUAUAAUAAAUGUCGUUUUGUGGCAUUUAACAAAGCCACAACUUUUUGAAAA